AUGGCGCCUUCCAACAACAAAUAUUUGGAAAAAAUCAAAGGCGACGUCUCUUUACAUCGAGAGAGAGGCGCACAAAAAGGCGGCGGUUUCGAAGGAAUCCCGUGGUUAGAGGACGAAGAAUGGGACGGUCGAGUGUUGUGCUGCUCGGAAUCCGUGUGUAAGAAACUCACCGCGUUUGGGUUUUUAAUGUUAGUCUUGGGGUUGAUUUUUGGCUUGUACGUGUACGAGCCGGAGAAGGAAAGCGCGGCUUUUAUCGCCUACACGGGGAGUGGAUUUUAUACCCCGAUCGCGUCGGUUACCUCGCGAAUGGCUGUUGAAGGGUACAACACGGAUUCGUUUAAAGCGGGACAGAGAAAUGCGUUUACGUUGUCCAUGGCGGAGUAUUUGAACGUGCCGAGCAACGCGACGAAGGUGAUUUUGGUGGAGGACAAAUUGUGGAAGAAGAGAAGAAGUUUGAAAGCGUACUACGGGUUUGUGGACGUUGGGUACGUGGCGUACGCGAGAGAUAUGGAGCACGCGGAUGAGUUGAAGACGAAGAUUGAAGCGUUGGUGUAUUCGGUAGAAGGAGAUGCGAACUUGGCGUUUGUGCAGUUGUUGAAGAAGAACGGGGUGAACGCGGUCACCGUCCAAGGCGUGUACACGGAGUCGUUGAUCAAAGCGCCACCGCCGCCGAGCCCGCCGCCGCCGGGACCGGGGACGGUUCCGGGCCCGCCGCCAACGCCGAACGACGAAGGGUCGCCGGCGUAA